CACUAUCUGAAUUGUCUAUUAAAAUCUUGCCUGCUGAUGGUCCGGCACAAAGUUCUAGCUGGAUACUUCAUUCUAAAACUACAGAAAUGGGAAAGAUAGCUAGGGACUUGUUCCUGUUAUUGUUUUGUGUUGCAUAUUACCCAGGAACUGAGCCGACAGGAUAUGCCUUGUACUAUGAUUCCUCGUAUCUGGCAACACUGGAUUGGACACGGUGGGAUCCAGAUCUCUGGUCGAUUUUCAGCACUUUUGGCUGGAAUCCUAUCACAGCCGACACAGUACCUUUUGGUUCAGAGCUGGAAAAUAAGCACAUGAUGGGUGGUGACGUGAUGCCUCAUAAGAAUAACAGUAUCCCGCUUGAUAAGCGUGUAUGGCCAGACGGAGUAAUACCUUACAAAAUUGCUCCUGAAUUAAAUAAACAAAUGCCUCAUAUACAGGCAGCUAUGCUUUACAUUGAAUGCAAAACUUGCAUAAGAUUCUACCCACGGAUACUCGAGAAAAAUUAUAUUUUUUUGAUGAAAGGUGUGGGGUGUCAUUCUCACGUAGGAAUGGCAGGAGGUCUUCAAAAUGUAUCUCUGGGGGCAGGUUGCUACAAGGUUGGAAAAAUUAUGCAUGAAUUGGUACAUGCUAUUGGCUUCCAACAUGAGCACCAACGUCCUGACAGAGAUGAUUUUAUCACCAUUAAAUGGGAAAACGUAAGGCCUGGUCAUGAAAGAAACUUUGACAAGUUAAAGAAAAAAGACUUUCUUAUUGAUGGUCCAUAUGACUAUUCUUCAGUGAUGCACUACAGUUCCGUGUCAUUCAGCAAAGACAAAGCGAAUGGGCUGAAAACCAUGGUUCCGAAGAAAAGGGGCAUUGUUCUUAAACGAGUGGGGGAGAAAGUGCUAAGUCCAGAAGACAUUAGACGAAUUAAAACUUUGUAUAAUUGUUCAUAGGAUUUUUAUUUGUAAAUAUUAGGAAAUAAUUAAAGGUUUUAUU